CCACUUCGUCCACCUGCGAAUCGACACCCACGACGGCACGACUGGUCUACGUACAGACAUUUCAACAUCGGAUAAUCGCUCGCCAUGGGAGCUCUAUUGUCGCUGCCACUGUUGGCCAUCCCCUCGGUGGGAUCUCUCAUGACCUUCGCCGCCAGUUGCUGUGGAGCGGCCACAUGCUCGGCCGUCUGCAGUGCUGCUGGCAAGUGCAACAACAGCAUGGCCACUCGCAUCGCCUACGCCGUCAUUCUGCUGCUCAACUCGCUCCUGUCCUGGAUCAUGCUCACCGACUGGGCCGUCAAGAAACUCCAAAAGGUCUUGCUCGACUUCGCCACCAUCUCCUGCAACGGCAAGGCCUGCUAUGGCUUCACUGCUGUUCAUCGUAUCAAUUUCGCUCUCGGCUUCUUCCACUUCGUCAUGGCUCUGCUACUCAUCGGCGUCAAGAACACACGCGACAAGAGAUCCGCCGUCCAGAACGGUUUCUGGGGGCCUAAGCUGAUCGCUUGGCUUGCUCUUAUUGUCAUCUCAUUCUUGAUCCCUGAUGGCUUCUUCAUUGUUUGGGGCAACUAUGUCGCUCUCGUCGGCGCCGUUCUAUUCCUUCUGCUAGGCCUAAUUCUCCUGGUCGAUCUGGCGCAUAGUUGGGCCGAGUACUGCCUGGAGAAGGUCGAGAACACAGACUCUCAAUUCUGGAAGUCGCUUCUGAUCGGCUCGACUCUGACAAUGUACCUUGGAUCCAUCGUCAUGACAAUCAUCAUGUACAUCUUCUUCGCUGGCUCUGGGUGCUCCAUGAACCAGGCUGCCAUCACCGUCAACUUGAUCUGCUUGUUGAUCAUCUCGGUCAUCAGUGUUCAUCCCAUGAUUCAGGACUCGAACCCUCGCGCUGGUCUGGCUCAAGCUGCCUUGGUUUGUGUUUACUGCACCUACCUCACCUUGUCUGCUGUCGCCAUGGAACCCGAUGAUCACCAAUGCAACCCCUUGAUCCGCGCUCGUGGUGCUCGUAGAACUACUGUCAUCAUGGGUGCUGUUCUCACCUUCCUGACUGUUGCUUACACCACUACACGUGCCGCUACCUAUGGCCUGGCUAUGGGCACCGGAAAGCCCGGUGGCUACCAUCAAGUUGGUGAGGGCGACCACGAACACGGUCUGGUCGCCACACAGCCGUCGUCUCGUCGUGAGAUGCGCGCCGAAGCUCUCCGCGCAGCUGUUGCAUCCGGCUCUCUCCCUGCAUCGGCUCUGGACGACUCUGACGACGACAGCGAUGACGACGACGAGUACCCAGGCGCCCACCCUCGUGAUGACGAAAAGAACGCCACCCAGUACAACUACUCAUUGUUCCACGUCAUCUUCCUGCUUUCCACAGCAUGGGUUGCAACACUGCUGACCCAGAAUGUCGGAGGCGAUUCACUGAUCGAAAAGGGAGACUUUGUUCCCGUGGGACGUACAUACUGGGCGUCGUGGGUCAAGAUUGUCAGCUCAUGGGUGUGCUACGGCAUGUUUGGUUGGACACUGGUGGCGCCUGUCGUGCUCCCCGAACGCUUCGAUUACUAGGUGGUGCAGUGAGAUUGAAGAAGAUACCCCCUCUACUAUUUUUAACACAAAUGAGUUUUAUUGCCAUCAAAGUUUUUACUAUGUUUUUUGACUUGUCGUUUUGAUUAAGAUGUUUCAUUCUGAUUUGUUUGCCAGUUUUGAUUUUCGAUUCGUGAUCAUGAGUUGUUUGUUGUGUCUCCUGCACUCUUGUCGCAUCCUCCCAAGUCGUUUGCAUGGGCCGAGAGCGAAGAGUCUGCUUGCGACUU